AGUAUGUUGAUAAAGUUGACUCAUUUUACGAGAUUGUCCCUAGUUAUAAUGGACUGGUCCUAGUUAGUUAUCAGGUUAGCAAGAUGGCGGCGCACGGUGGAGUAGAAACGUGUUUUAUCUCGGCGGCCUGUAACCGUUCUCCGUUCAGCCUGUCCUGGGGACGGAACGGAUUGAUCCUGUACGGCAGUGGGAACCUGGUGGCCGUGUAUCAACCCAAGAAUGGAGAAGAGUCAGGAUCAGUUCUGGAGACUCUCAGUCAGCACACAGCCAAGGUCACCUGUGUCAGGUGGAUCCCCAAGGGAAAUGGAGAGCCUUCUGAUGAGUUUGUUGUUGGAUCAGCUGAUAAAAGUGCAUCACUCUGGAGAAGAAAAGACUCAAAGUUUGAGGUUGUGUCUGUGUUGAGGGGACACAGUGCAGCAGUGACCAUCACUGAAGCCAUGUAUGUGCCGACAUCUAACAAAGACGAGUUCUGGACACUGCUGGUUACAUCAUCUGUGGACUCAACAGUCAGAAUAUGGGAAAGGAGACAAGGGAGUGAUGAGGUGACCUGCCAGCAGACCGUGUGUUGUGGGAACAGUUUUGCCCUGGACCUUGCCCUGUCCACCCUCCCCACCACCUCUGUACCUAUCCUGGCGUGUGGGUGGGAUGAUGACAGGAUACACCUCUGGGUCAGGCAGGGGGAGGCUUUCCGAGAAGUGGCCACCCUUAAGGGACACGAAGACUGGGUCCGAGGGGUGGAGUUCACAGCCAAUGAUGAAGGUGAUCUGUUAUUGGCCAGCUGUGGACAGGACUGUUUCAUCAGAGUCUGGAAGAUUACAUUACAGCAUGGGGAGGAACAGGUUACUGAGGAUGAAAUCAAAGUCAAGGAGAAGUCAUUUAGCAUCCAACAUGGAGACAAAAGCCAAAGUUAUGCUGUAGUACUGGAGGCAGUGUUGGCAGGACAUGAAAACUGGAUAUAUGGAGUACACUGGCAACCUGCAGUCUUCAAUGAUGGCAGUAGACACCAGCCCCUGUCCCUGCUCUCAGCCUCCAUGGACAAGACCAUGAUCUUAUGGAAACCUGAUCCCACCUCAGGGAUCUGGCUGGAUCAGGACCGUGUUGGGGAGGUCGGAGGGAACACCCUGGGGUUCCUGGGCUGUCAGUUCAGCCCAGAUGGCCAGUCUAUCAUCGCUCAUGGCUUCCAGGGGGCGCUCCAUCUGUGGCACCAUGCUGACCUCACACAACAGGCUAGUUGGGAGCCUGGUGUGACAGUUGGAGGUCACUUUGAUGGUGUUGAGGACAUAGCCUGGGACCCAGCCGGUGGGGAAUUCCUGCUGAGUGUCAGCCUGGACAGGACUACCAGGCUAUUUGCACCUUGGAGGAGGGAAGGACUCAAGCCCCAUUGGUACGAGCUGGGGAGGCCACAGAUCCAUGGUUACGCCAUCAACUGUCUGGCCAUGGUCAGCAGGUACCAGUUUGUAUCAGGGGGAGAUGAGAAGGUACUCAGAGUUUUUGAUGCUCCAAAGAACUUCCUCCAGAACCUGAAGAAUGUAGCAAGAGUGGACAUCUCCAAGGACAUGGUUGAGAGGGUCUCCAAUGUCCCAGAAGGUGCCAGUGUUCCUGCUCUUGGGUUGUCAAACAAGGCGUUAUAUGAAGGAGAGCUGUCUGUAGCAGAGGAUGCAGACAGAGAGAUCCCCAGCAGUUUCAGUGAACAGUACCCACAGAUGUACUACAAGCCUUCAGAACUACAUAGGCCACCUACAGAAGAGCAUUUACUACAAAACACUCUCUGGCCAGAGACUCAGAAGCUAUAUGGCCAUGGGUAUGAGUUGUUCUGUGUGGCCUGCAACAGACAAGGAACCCUUGUGGCUUCUGCUUGCAAGGCUUCUAAAUCAGAGCAUGCCGCCAUCCUGCUGUGGGACACGAGCAGCUGGAGACAGGUGGGUCAUCUAGAGAACCACUCACUCACAGUCACACAGCUGCGCUUCAGCCACAGUGGAGACAUGCUGCUGUCUGUAUCCAGGGACAGGACCUGGGCACUCUUCAGGAGAAAACCUGCCGAACAGGCUGAUGGGGAACUGUUCAGAAGAAUAGCCUACACAGACAAGAAGACCUCUGUCCACACCCGUAUUAUCUGGGGAUGUUCCUGGUCCCACGAUGACAACUAUUUUGUUACAGCCUCUCGGGACAAAAAGGUGGUUGUGUGGGGGAGAAGACCGGACCAUUCUCCAGCAGAGGGGUGUCUGGGGGAGUUCUGUGCUCGCUCCACCACUCUGGAUGUGGGAGAAGCGGCGACUGCUGUAGAUUUCGCUCCUGUACUGACUGGGUCUAAAAGCAGGUACUGCCUGGCCAUUGGUAAGGAGUCAGGUACUGUGGUGCUGUACUGUUGGAGCCCGGCUGGGGGGAAGGAAGACUGGACACUACAAACAACUAUUGACAGAAGUAACCUGGGUCAUUGUCUUGCUGUCCGACGGUUGGCAUGGCGACCGACAACAGGGAACACGGAGAGCGAGGAAAGGAACAAGUACCUCCAGUUAGCCAGCUGUGGAGACGACUUCACUGUGCGAAUUUUCAACAUCAGUGUAGACAUUGUAACUUAAGUUUCAGACUCCACUGGGCUAGAGAAAAUCAUGUUAUGUUACGCGUGACUUAUAUUCCUAUAUAAUAUGUUUAUAUAAUAUGCCACAAGUACUUUGACUAGUGGCAUAUUAUAUAAACAUAUUAUAUAGGAAUAUAAGUGUGCUUUAUCUAUGUUUGAACAAUAAAGUAUAACAGGAUAUAGGAGAAUUCUUGUACACAACCAGGAUGUACUUAGUAAACUUUGCAUACGUUUCAGUGUCUAUCAGACACCUUCAUCAGAGGAUCUGACUGAAGAACACAAUUCACGUUUGGGAUUGUGUUCUCGCCGCAAAAGCGCCUACAUCGGCAACAUAUAGUGGCGAGAAGCAGAACUCCAGUUAGAAGCUCUUAGGACAGCGUAAGCAAAGUACUAAGUACAUCAUGAUUGUGUACAAGAAUUCUCCUAUACAUGUAUCUUAUAUUCUAUUUUGGGGAAUUAAGUAUAACUGCUUCUACCUGACAAUGCCAAUGAAAAUAAACAUUGAUGCACCAGUGGCUUCAGUGAGCAAUUCAGUA